AUGCUAUUCCGUCUGCUCGGAGUCUUGCAGAGCUGCACCCAACCGCGAACGAAUAGUACACGUGGUGACGACGGCAGGUACGAGUACGGAUACGGUCAGCCCGGGCCACUCCCAGCCACAGAGUCGACAUGCUCGUGUCCGUGUCCGACACCGUCCACCGAUACGGCCAACACGGGCUACGCCUACCACGUCUCGCACGCCCUCGGCCCCGCGAGACCCCAGCCCGGCACCGUCAUCCUGCUGCUGGCCAUGGCGGCGGAUGGCACGUACGUGUGGACGCCGCGGGUCAUCCUUCGGCCACCAGAGGUCUCUCCCCCUCCCUGA